AUAACUAUGCCUGGGUCCGGACCAUUAAUAAAUAUUAUUUUAUGUACUAUAUUAUUUUAAUGGGUUAUAAUCUGUGUCACGGUGACGGUGAACUAGAUAUCUACAAUAAUCCCUAAUCUCAGCGUUAAACUGAAUACGUUUGAAUUAACCAAACCGUUAGUAUAACGCUGAAUCAAACGGAUGGCUGCGUUGCGUCCUGUUGUCAUGGUGACCGGACAAACUCCGGCAGCCUGGGCGCCACUGCGCAUGCACGAUGCAGCCGGGUCACGCUACGUCGGUAGGUGAACCCUGCAUGUGUGGAUGAUGGACUGACCCGUGAAUAUUAAGUGCAUAGGGCGAUAACUGGUUAAGAAAUAUAAUUUUUCAUAUUUUGACGGUUUGUUUGUGGAGUUAAUUCUUCCACCUGUUGACGUUCUUCAGCACACAGCGGGAUCAGCAUCUCUGAGAGUGUGUGUGAGAGUGUACAUGCCCGCUGGUUCAAAGGGAAACCUGAGCCGGGUUUCCACGGAGAGCAUGUCAACACGGCACUGAGUAGAGUUCCCCCCACGUUGAGAGACUCUCCUGACCCCAGUGGACCUGUGGUGGGGGUCAGACAGCAGGGGGACCCUGGAGACCCCGGGGGCCCCUCCGAUGGGGGCGAAGGGGCGUCGCAGCAGCGUCCUCCUCAGCCUCCCGGUCCUGAACCCGGAGAGGCUGAAGGCCGCCAAGGCUCUGGCGGAGCGAGCGGUCAAGCAGGGGAAGGUGUUCUCCAUCCAGGGUCCGUACCCCGUGGUGCGGGCCGACCUGAGGGCCCGGGGCUGGGUGGAGCGGCGUCUGACCCCGCCCCUUCAGAAGGCCCCUAGCGAGCGCGGGGACGAGGAGGGGGAAGGAGACGAGGACGGGGAGGAGGACAGGGCUGAGGGCCCGGAGGGCCGCCUGGGGGCCGAGGAGGCGGACAGAGAGGAGGAAGUGGACGGAAUGUACAACCUCAUGUCCCGCCUGGUGCGGAACGAGACCGCCAGCCUGCUGUGGACCAUGAGGAGGGACGCCAUCGACUGCAAGUCUCUGAGGAAGGACCAGAUGACCAACCAUUACGCCAACUCCGGCACGUUCACCACCAAGGUGGGGCUGUGCGUCAACCUGCAGAACCUGCUGUGGUUCGACACCGCCGACCCCGACAGCUUCUUCCCACGCUGCUACCGGCUGGGGGCUCAGGACGAGAAGCAGGCCUUCAUAGAGGACUUUAGGAGGACCGCCUGCAGCAGUCUGCUGCAGUAUGUGGUGGAGUCAAGCUGCCUGGACGCUGGUGAUAGACAGGAACACACUGAGUACACUGAGACACUGAAGGGUGGGAAGAGACAAUGCAGGCGGCAAGCGCGUCGAUUCGUCGAUGCAGGAAUGAUCGACAGUGCUCUGCACGUAUGCCAGGAGUUCCUCAACAGCCUGGAACACGGUGACAUUGAUGUCACCGUGGAAACGUUCACCUCGCUGACGGGAGAGCAAUGGACAGAGUUCCUGCGCGACUACUACCUGGUGGUGCACGGAGGGGCUCGGAUCCAGGGGGCCGUGGAGUUUGUGGGGCGGUGCCGGAGAAUGUUGAGCCGACUGCAUGAAGUCUGCCCACAGCUGGACACGGACGGCCUGCACAACAUCUGGAUCGUCAAGCCAGGGGCCAUGUCCCGGGGACGGGGCAUCAUGUGCAUGAACCGCCUGGAGGACAUCCUGACCCUAGUCCACAGUGACUCCACCCUGAUCAAGGACAGCAAGUGGGUGGUGCAGAAGUACCUGGAGCGCCCCCUGCUGGUUCACGGCACCAAGUUCGACAUCCGCCAGUGGUUCCUGGUGACCGACUGGAACCCGCUCACCAUCUGGUUCUACAACGAGUGCUACCUGCGCUUCUCCACGCAGCCCUACUCCAUCUCCUCCCUCGACAGCUCCGUCCACCUGUGCAACAACUCCAUCCAGAAGCACUUCGCUCCGUCGCGGGCGCGCCACCCGGGGCUCCCGGACGACAACAUGUGGUCCUGCUCCCAGUUCCGGGCCUACCUGCAGGACCAGGGGCUGGGCGGCUCCCAGUGGGGGGCGCUGGCCGUGCCGGGCAUGCAGCAGGCGGUGGUCCGCGCCAUGCGCACGGCCCAGGACCUGGUGGAGCCCCGCCGCGCCAGCUUCGAGCUGUACGGCGCCGACUUCAUGCUGGGCCGCGACCUGCGGCCCUGGCUGCUGGAGAUCAACGCCAGCCCCACCAUGGCCUGCUCCGCCGUCGCCACCGCGCGCCUCUGCCCGGCCGUGCAGCUCGACACGCUCCGGGUGGUGCUCGACUGGAGGGGCGAGCCCGCCGCCGACACCGGGGGCUUCUACCUCCUCUACAAGCAGGCCGCUGUGGAGGUCCCCCACUACGUCGGGACCAACCUGUUGGUGGAAGGAGCUCCACUGAGACCGGCCCCGUCCCGACCGGCGCCCCGUAAACCCCCCUCCUGUCCUAACCCGCUUCCUCCUAGAGCUUCUGUGGAGCCGUCGCCCCCCGGCGUCCAUAAGACCCCUCCGACCGCAGUCAAGACCCCCGGCCUCAGGCCUCCUCAGGCCCCCGCCACCGAUAAGCCCCCCGGCCUCAGGCCUCCUCAGUCCCCCACCACCGAUAAGCCCCCCGGCCUCAGGCCUCCUCAGUCCCCCACCACCGAUAAGCCCCCCAGCCUCAGGCCUCCUCAGGCCCCCACCACCGAUAAGCCCCCCGGCCUCAGGCCUCCUCAGGCCCCCGCCACCGAUAAGCCCCCCGGCCUCAGGCCUCCUCAGGCCCCCGCCACCGAUAAGCCCCCCGGCCUCAGGCCUCCUCAGGCCCCCGCCACCGAUAAGCCCCCCGGCCUCAGGCCUCGCCCCGCCUCCAGGGUCCGGCCCUCGGGUACCAAGCGUCCCUCCGCCGGCGACGUCAGGACGCCGCUGCCGUCGCUGUCCCUCAAGAGCCGGCUCCACUGGAGAACUCUGAGCGGCGGACCCCCCGGCCCGGGGGGCAGACCCCCCGGGCUCGGCAGCCGCUCCCACCACAGGUCAGCGCCCGAGCGCCCGGCGCCGCUGGCCCCUGGGGGCCCGAGGGCCUCCAGAGGGCCCCCGGAGGGCCCGAGGGCCCGCCACCCGGGUCUGAGCCAGGGCCAGGACAGGGUGGCCCUGGUCCCCGUGACUCUGCUCUGUUCCCCCGGCCUCCCCGCACAUCGCCCGCCACAGGCCCCGCCCCUUACCCUGGCGGGCGGGGAGCCACUGAGUCCCUGGGCACGCUCCCUGCAGGGAGAGGGGAGGCCCCACCGCAGGGCCCUCCCCUCUCUGUCCGGGCCCCUGCCCGACCUGGAGGUGUUCAGCCUGCGGCCCGGGUCCCUGUCCAGGGAGCGGUCCGCUCUGCUCUCCCUCCAGAGCCUGCACCGGUUCAAGGUCUGCUCCCGUCGGCAGACGCUCUGCCAGUACCAGUUCACGGGCGUGGCCAAUCACUGACCAGACCACGGAGAGGCUGGACCAAUGAGACGAGGAGGAGCUGAGAGGUUUUUUUAUUCGGGGCAUUCAGGUUUUUUGUGUUUAAUAUUUCUAAGGCAAAACAUGUCCAUCAUUUAUUGCCGUCGUAUUCAUCAUCGUAUUUGGAAACUUUGGCACAAAAACGAUUAAAUGCAUUCUGAUGUUACAUUA